ACUUUGAAUAAAAUAUUUUUGAAUUUUGGGGGUGGUACUAGUGGUGGUGGUCGGUCGUCUCCUUCCUUGACCGGUCACCGGCGGUGGUUGCCGGGGGAGGUUGCCGACGGGGACUAGCAAAAUAGUUUUGGUUGGGGUAUGGGUAGGAGGAAGAAGAAAGUAGAGGAAGAAGAAAGUAGAAAUAGAUUUUCUUUUAAAAAUUAUUUUUAGUGUCUCGAGGGUAAUAAGGGAAAUAUGAAAUUUUCCUUAAAAGAAGAGGUUAUUUAGUUGGCAAAAUGCACUAUAAUUUCAGGCCAUUUUACAGAGAGAGAGAGAUAGAGAGAGAGAGAAGCAGAUUCAGAGAUAGAAAGAGAGAGAAGCAGAUUCAGAGAUAAAAUGGGUUGUGAAAAUUUGUUGUUGUUGACGACUUUGAUAAUAAUCUCAGCAAAUGGUCCAUUGAAGCAGGAUUUCCCAGGUCCAUCGACAACUUGUUCGAUUUCGAUGGGCCCAGUGGACAAAUCAAAGAGGCUGUUCCACACGGCGGUGACGGCGUCUCACUCCGUCUACUACACGUGGCAUGUACUACUUGACAAGUUAGUUAGGAUUCAGUUUAUACCGUUUUCUAACUAACUUCCAGAAUCUCUUAGGAAGUUGUAUCGUUUCUUAUGCAUGAAUUGUGUAUGACUCUAUUGUAUAAAGCUUCGCUCUCUCAGUCUAUUGAUCAGAACUUUCAUUCCUUAUCUUCAUCUCUCUCAUGGCACCUCCUAGUCCUACCAGAACAACUCCAGAAGUUUCUUCCAUUGACACCGUAGGAUCUCCUCUCCAGAACAACUCUGUUACUACGACUGUUUCUUCUUCAGACGCCGCCAUCGGAUCUAUGACGAUCGGCUCCGGAACCACUCCGUUCGUUCCCAUUCCACCGACUUCUGCUUCCACUCAAUCUUUCACCUUCUCCUCUGUUGCGAGUUCUUUGCUGCCGUCUUUCUCGGCUCCGGCGACUAUUGAAAAUCCUCCGAUUGCUCCACCGAUUCCUCGGAUCGCUCAACCUCAAACGAAUAGUUAUUUUUAUAUUUCUUCAAAAUUUUAUGGAAAAGGAGAAGAGAUAUAUUGGAGGGAUGAAGAAGGGAAGUUAUGUGGUUUUAAUCUCAGAUCGCUUGGUGAAUUGGAAGGAGACAACUUUAACUACCAUUCUUUCUGUAAUGGACUACUUUGCUACUCUCGGGCAUCUUCUACCCAAGCUUUCAUAAUCAAUCCACUUAAGGAGGAAGUACUUUUCCUCAAACAGUCACCUUCACCUUCAAGUCCUUCACUAAGAAUUGUUAAAUCAUCCUUCGGACUGGGUGUUUGUGGGGAAUCAGGUAAUGAGACUUUCAAAAUUCUUCUUCUUCAACGUACUAAACGUACGAACCUGGCUAGUAUUUUGACCUUAGGAUCUGAUGCUUGGAGAGUCAUUCGGUACCCCUCUGUUGUAAACGUAGAUGACUUAUAUUUCUUUGGAGAGCCUGUUUUUGAGAAAGGAUUCAUUUAUUGGUAUGCGCCACUUGAAGACAUCAUCGUCUUUGAUGUUGAGCGUGAAAUAUUCUCAAUCAUGGAAGCUCCAAUUGAUACAAAUUGCAACAUAUGCUCGGAUAUGGAGUUUCGUCUUCUAAGUUUAGGAGACCGUGUAGGAUUCGUCAAAGCACACUGUGGAGUUUUGGGAAUUUGGUAUGGUAAGAACCACAAUAGUGAAGGAAAAAUCACUGAAUGGGAAGAAUAUGACCCCAUUCAAAUUAUUCAUGAGGGGGAGCUGUUUGAUUUCUCACAGGCUUUACAAGUUUUAGGAGCAUGGAAAGACGAAUCUAGCAUGUUGGUCUGUAGCUCGAGUUUGCCUAGAGUUUUUUUCUGCUAUAACUUUGUUACUAAGACUGCUACUAUGGUGAAUAUUUCCAACCGUCCUGAGAAUUUUGCGAGUCACAGCUUUAGAGGGUCGUCUCUUUUGCUUACGGAGUUCCAUGGUAGUUCUGAACUAGUGUAUCUACCACCUGAACGAAACUACAACACGAGCCGAAGUGGUUUAAUAAGGAGGGGAAUUGAAGAUAUUGGAAGGACUUGAAGAAACAAUGCAAGUUUUCUUUCAGCUCUCUAUAAUAAGAAAUUUUGUAUAGUUUUCUGUGCAUAGUACUACUGGCCAUUCAUGUUAGGUUAUGCUUAUAUUGCCUAUUGGAUGCACUGUAGUAGUUAGGAAGUUGAAUCAGGUCUAGCAAAACUAUUGAAGUUGACAUUUUAUUUUCGUCGGUAUUUUUGGUCCUUGAUACUGUUGCUUAGAGAGAUUAUACUGUUAAAAUUGUUCUAUGCAUACAUUUUAUUGUCAUUGUUAAAAAGUAACUAAAUACAAAAA